AUGAGACGUAUCGAGACUCUCUUGAGAAGCACAAGUUUAAUGUACAAAGAACUACUUAAAACAACACCAUCAUCAAUCAAUUUUGUUCUCCAUGAUAUAAAUAUAAAACAAAUAUUAACAUCAAAUCCGCAACAACAAAUAUUGUACAAAUUUCCAACUUUUAGUACAAAUAUUGAUUCUAUUAUGACAAUAAAAAAACCAAAUGAUAUAGUUUUAACAGUUGAAUCAAAAAUAGAUUAUUUUUAUUAUUUUAUUAAACAACUUAAUGAAUGGAUGGAAUGGUUUGAUAAAUUCAUUGAUAUUAUUUAUCCAAUAAUUGAAUGGUUAAGGGAUUAUCACGUUGAUGGUGUAAAUCAAUUAAUUCUAGAUCUACACAAUAAAAAUGAUAAAUCAACAUCGCUUAUUCAGGUUAAACAAAUGGUUGAGAAAACAUUAAAAUUAUUAAAAUCAUUUAGUGAUUUACGUCGUUUAUGUUAUUUAUUUAAUUGUUUAACAAAAUUUCAAAUUAUCAACAAUGGUACAAUAAAUAAUCAACAACAAAUACAAGAUUAUAUUAAAGAAUUA